UGCGCAGGGAGAGGGUGGAGACUCCCCGGGGUGACGGAGCACUGGGAGCCCAGCUCCCAGCUCACUGCCGUUUUGCAGCCGACGUGAUGAGACAGGUGGGACAAUCCUGCCCUGCAAGCUGAGCGAGCCGUCAGGGCUGCCUUCCUACACACCACGCUCUUCUCUUCCCUGGCUCCUGCUUCCCUUCCACCACUUCUGCCACCUCCUCAGCAGCCCUGCAGUGCUGACCCAGACCUGCUGCUGAGGAAAAAUGGCAGAAGGCCAGCCACACCUAAGUAUUCAGAUGUCAGACUUGAAUACAAAUGGCAUCCCCAGCAGAAAGCAGUGCUCUCCAGACUUAGCCAGCAGGGGAGGAAGUGUACUAACUUUCCACAACAUCUGCUACCAUGUGAAGAUGAAGACUGGGUUCCUAUGUUGUCAAAAAACAGCCAAUAAAGAAGUUUUGAGAGAUGUCAAUGGCAUCAUGAGACCAGGACUGAACGCAAUUUUGGGACCCACUGGCAGUGGUAAAUCUUCUCUGCUCGACAUUUUGGCUGCAAGAAAGGAUCCCCAUGGGCUUUCCGGUGACAUUUUGAUCAAUGGAGCUCCUCAGCCUGCCAACUUUAAAUGUACCUCUGGAUACGUAGGACAGGAUGAUGUGGUGAUGGGAACCCUGACUGUAAGAGAAAAUUUGAAGUUCUCAGCAGCACUCCGUUUGCCAAAGUCAGUGAAGGAACAGGAAAAAAAUGAACGAGUGAAUCAGAUCAUCAAGGAACUGGGUUUGAGCAAAGUGGGAGAUUCCAAGGUUGGCACACAGUUCACUCGCGGGGUGUCCGGAGGAGAGCGGAAAAGGACCAAUAUUGGGAUGGAGCUCAUCAUGGAUCCUGCCAUCUUGUUUUUGGAUGAGCCAACUACAGGACUCGAUGCCAGUACUGCUAACGCUGUCCUACUGCUACUGAAAAGGAUGGCAAAACAAGGAAAAACAAUAAUCUUCUCCAUCCACCAGCCUCGGUACUCCAUAUUCCAACUGUUUGACAACGUGACGCUGCUGGCCGUGGGGAAAGUGCUGUACCACGGGCCCACUCAGCACGCCAUCGAGUACUUCCAGUCUAUCGGCUACGAGUGUGAGCCAUACAACAACCCUGCCGACUUUUUCCUGGACAUCAUUAAUGGAGACUCCACUGCAGUUGCAAUGAGCAAGACUGAUGAAACUAACACAGCAGAGCGUACUGAAGAAUGCACUGAACAUGAUAAAACCUUGGCUGAGAAGUUAGCAGAAAAAUACUCCAACUCUGCCUACUACCAAGAAACAAAAGCAGUAUUAGAGAAUAUUUCUUUGGGAAAUAAAAAGAAAACAAAAGCAGUUUUCCGACAAAUCACGUAUGCCAAUUCCUUCCUUCAUCAGCUGAAAUGGGUGUCCAACCGCACAUUUAAAAAUCUGGUAGGAAACCCUCAAGCUUCCAUAGCUCAGCUGUGUGUUACAGCUUUCCUGGGACUGGUUGUAGGUGCCAUUUUCUUUGGACUUAAAGAAGACUCUGCUGGACUACAAAACAGAGUGGGUGCAAUGUUCUUUCUGACCACCAACCAGUGUUUCAGCAGCAUCUCAGCUAUUGAACUCUUUGUUGUGGAAAAAAAGAUAUUUAUACAUGAAUAUAUCAGUGGGUACUACAGAACAUCUGCAUAUUUCAUCUCAAAGCUAAUGGCUGAUUUAAUACCCAUGAGGACUAUACCAAGCAUCAUCUUCACCUGUAUAAUUUACUUCAUGUUAGGUUUGAAACCAACAGUAGAAGCCUUCUUUACAAUGAUGUUUACUCUUAUGAUGGUGUCCUACACAGCCACUUCUAUGGCACUAGCCAUUGCAGCAGGACAGAGUGUGGUCGCUGUAGCAAACCUGCUCAUGACUAUCACAUUUGUUUUUAUGAUUAUUUUCUCUGGGUUGCUGGUCAAUCUCACAAGCAUCAUGUCCUGGCUCUCCUGGCUCAAAUACUUUAGCAUCCCUCGAUACGGAAUGACAGCUUUACAAAUCAGUGAAUUGACUGAUCUGAACUUUUGUAGCAGCAGUAACAACACAAAUUUAAUCAGCAAUGAUAAUUAUCGACAGCUAAGCCAGCCGUGGUGCACAGGAGAUGAGUAUCUGAAAAAUCAAGGCAUUGAUGUGAGUAGCUGGGGCCUGUGGCAGAACCACCUGGCUCUUGCCUGCAUGACAGUAAUAUUCCUUACCAUUGCAUACCUGAAACUGCACUUCAUGAAGAAGUUCUCUUAAAACCAGAAUGAAAAAUGCAAUUCCCACUGUUCAGUAGUUUGAUAAACUGAGUGUGCAACUGACUAGAUUUUCUUUGAAGAGACCUUCCUUUGUACUUCUGUUUAUGGUUACACAAGUCAGCAAUGUGAAUGCCAUCCUUGUGUAUUAAAUACUUAGUAUUAAUGUACUUUGCUGAAAUGUCUAGCAUGCCUCAGUUCUCUCUGCCAUAAAAAGUGUACAACUAUUCAUUUCUUCAAGAGACUAUUCAGUCUUUCUGCAUGUUCUAGCUAUGAAUUUGUUAAAUAAUGAAACUAAUAUUUAAUGGCUUAACCUGAAAAAAAAAAUGGUUCCAUACUUUAAUUAGCACCUACAUUCACUGGCAAGUAAUUCAGUCCAAGGGAUGCUUAUCAGGACACCAGUGCAGUCUCGACUGCUAAUGAGGUCACAGUCUACGUGAGACAGCGACAAAAACACCUUCUCCAUCCCAGUGCACAUCUCAUGCCCUUUGCUAUUUGGGAAUUGUUACUGCUCUAGAGUGUACUUGAUUGAGCCCAUCAAGUUUUUUUUACCAAGCUCGAGUGAUAGAAACGCUUUUUUAAAUAAAGGUGACUGUGUACUUA